UGAAAGCGUAUUAAUGAGGUUUUUUGGAAGCGGCGAAACGAGGCCAUUGAAACUCAGUGUGGAGUGUUUCCCGCCGUAAACCCAGAUUUGAUCACUCUUUGUUUUUCUUUUACAUUCAUUGAUUCGAUUCAUUCAUUCAUUCCAUUUUUGAUAAUCAUGUUCAUGUUCUUUAGUUUCCAUCUUCAUAUCACGUGGACGCAACCACAGUAGCUUAACUAUCAAGCCCACUUCACAGUAGCUUAACCAUAUCAACCUCGUUCUUCAUAAUUCCAUUGCAGUGCGCAUCUGCAUGCUUCCCUGAAUCAAUGUCUGCAAACGUAAACUACGGCAUGCCCCUCACUCACCCUCACUGGUUCUCACCAAAAUCUGGAAUUUACCAUAGCAAGCAUGCCCCUAUGGACCUUCCCAGCGACCCUUUUCUCGAUGUUGUCUCCUUCAUUUUUUCCCACCGCCAUGAUGGGGUGUCGGCCCUCGUUGAUUCUUCAUCAGGGUGUUCCAUUUCCUACUCAAAGUUGCUACCUUUAGUCAAAUCCGUUGCCUCUGGUCUUCACAAUAUGGGUGUUUCGCAAGGUGAUGUGGUUCUGAUUCUUCUUCCAAAUUCCAUUUACUAUCCCAUUGUGUUCUUAGCCGUUCUCUAUCUAGGAGCUAUUGUCACAUCGUUGAACCCUCUUAGUAGUGUCCAUGAAAUACGCAGACAGGUUGCUGAGUGUGGUGUGGGUUUGGCUUUUACUGUGCCUGAAAAUUUUAAGAAACUAGAGCCAUUGGGAAUUUCUGUUAUUGCUGUGCCAGAAAAUGAGAAGGGUUUGAGACAUGGUUGUUUUUCAUGCUUUUGUUACUUGAUUUCUUGUGACUUCGAUUUGCCUCAGAAGCCUGUUAUCAAGCAGGAUGACACUGCUGGGAUAUUGUAUUCUUCGGGUACUACUGGGGUGAGCAAAGGGGUUGUUCUGUCCCAUAAAAAUCUUAUUGCUAUGGUUGAGCUUUUUGUGAGGUUUGAAGCUUCUCAAUAUGAAGGCUCUUGCUUGAGAAAUGUGUAUCUGGCUGUUUUGCCAAUGUUCCAUGUGUAUGGCUUGUCGCUUUUUGCUGUGGGAUUGUUGUCUUUGGGUUCUACUGUCGUUGUGAUGAGGAAAUUUGACAUAGAUGAAGUUGUCAGGGUGAUUGAUGAAUAUAAAGUCACCCACUUUCCUGUUGUUCCGCCGAUCUUGACAGCAUUGAUAACGAGGGCAAAUGGUGUUAAUGACUGUAAGUUGCAGAGUUUGAUACAAGUCUCCUGUGGUGCAGCGCCUUUGAGCUCAGGAGUUGUUGGUGAUUUUCUCCGAACUUUUCCCGCUGUUGAUUUUAUACAGGGUUAUGGAAUGACUGAGUCAACAGCCGUAGGAACACGUGGCUUCAAUACUGAAAAGUUUCGAAAUUAUUCCUCAAUAGGUUUAUUGGCUCCAAACAUGGAGGCAAAAGUGGUAGACUGGAAUACUGGUUCAUUUUUGCCCCCUGGCAGCAGUGGUGAGCUUUGGUUGAGAGGGCCUUCAAUUAUGACGGGGUACUUGAAUAAUGAAGAAGCUACAAUGUCUACAAUUGAUAGAGAUGGUUGGCUACAUACUGGAGAUGUUGUUUAUUUUGAUAAUGAUGGAUACUUAUACAUAGCUGAUCGAUUGAAAGAUAUCAUCAAAUACAAGGGCUUUCAGAUUGCUCCUGCUGAUUUAGAAGCUGUGUUAAUUUUGCAUCCUGAAAUAGUUGAUGUUGCUGUUAUAGGUGCUACGGAUGAAGAAACUGGUGAGAUUCCAGUGGCAUUUGUGGUAACAAAGGUUGGAAGUGUGCUAUCUCCGAAGGAUGUUAUGGAUUAUGCUGCUGAGCAGGUUGCUCCAUAUAAGAAGAUUAGGAAAGUGUUCUUCACCAACAAGAUACCAAGGUCUGCGACUGGGAAGAUCCUAAGAAAGCAACUGAGGAAUUGCUUGACUUCUAAACUAUGAUAAUGCAUUUUCUCAAGACUCGCAUCAAGUGUUACAUUGAAAAAUUACCGAGGAAAAUUUCGGAAAGUGGAUCAUCUUAACAUAGAAAAAAGUGAAUGUAAUAACAUAUAACCAUUCACGAGGAUUAGGAAAGUAUUGAAGAACAUUAUGUCAUAAUAUCACAUCACCAAAAAAUUCUACCAUGCA